UAGCCCGCCGACAGCCGCUCGGGAUGUCAAUGCACUCAUCAUCUGGAACAGGUAGCUACACCGUCCUGUCACUCCUCGAACUUUCUGAGACUCUGCCAAUGAAACUGGAGGUUUUCUGCGGGGGUCACUACGACUCCAAGCCCGCGGAGCUCUGCAGCGACGCUGAGGGCAGCAUCCCGUCACCGGUGUCCGCUGAGGAGGAGCUGGGCUCGGAUGGAGACUGCGUGGCGCACAGUCCGGCACCUGUCGCCGACACCAAAGGGAAACCCUACACACGGAGACCCAAACCUCCAUACUCUUACAUCGCACUUAUCGCCAUGGCCAUCCGAGACUCCAACUCCGGCCGACUCACGCUAGCCGAAAUCAACGACUACCUCAUGAAGAAGUUCCCGUUUUUUAGAGGCAGCUACACCGGCUGGAGGAACUCAGUGCGCCAUAAUUUGUCACUAAACGACUGCUUUCUUAAGGUCUUACGGGAUCCUUCGAGACCGUGGGGAAAGGACAAUUACUGGAUGCUGAACCCGCACAGCGAGUACACCUUCGCGGACGGAGUGUUUCGCAGAAGGAGAAAGCGCAUUAGUAAAAAAACCGGCAGGGAGCCAGAGGGGCCGGUGCAAACCCAUGCAUUGGACAGCAAUGACUCUAUCGCUACGCCUCCUUCGAGCGGAAAGUUCACCAGUUCUUUCGCCAUUGAGAGCAUCCUCAGUCGACCCUUCAGGAGGGAGGACCGCCCCGUGCACAGCCCUGACACCUGGCCGGGGGGAGUGGACACUGUGCUGCCGUAUGUCAUGCUUCGAUCUUAUGGUGCCCCGGAGGAUCCUUCCAUCAGCCGCCGACAGCGCGACUUUUUCGCAUUCCAGCUGCCGCCUGAGUGCCUCUCAAUCCCGCAUACGAGCGCGGCGGUGCCCGUGCCAACAACCGCGGGAUAUCACCCGUUCAAAAUUGACUAUUUGUUGUCGUAACAUUGUGUGAUGGGUACUUUGUGAUGGGAACUUCUGCACUUUCUACAGCACUCGUGACUUGACAGAGACAUUGUGCAAGAUACAUUUCAUUCGACUGCAUAUUUUUAUUAUUAAUCGUUCUGAAAGCUUAAUAUGCGACAUGAAAACAAGUGAACACAAAGGUGCCUCAAACGAUAAAUGAUGAUGCCUUCAUAUCAGAUUUACUACUCAAGAUGAACUAGAUGAGAGACGAGCUCUGUUUGAGUUGGCGUAAUGUGAGGCUUCUGCAUCAAACUUGUAAACUGGAAUUGUUGUAAACAAUUAUUUUUCUGACAAAAUGCACGCGCAUUUUAUAUUGAACAAUAAAACUUGUUUUUAAAAUGAAA